CGCAUGCGCGAGCGCCACUAGUAAUUUCUCUGACUAUGAGACUGCCAGUAUCUUACAUUACAUCAUAUUUACAUCAGUAAAAAUAUAAGGGUCCCUUCUGUCGGGUAGCCGGAUCUGCAAGCUGCAAGACCAAUUUUGGCAGCGUGGAGGGGGCAAAAUGGACGGUCGGUCGGGGGGGAUCUGACCGAACCGAGCGAAAAGCGAUAUCGUUCUUUCCGUGAACGCAGUAUAGUUAUAAUCUAAUUGCGAAACUGGGCGAAGAUUUGUGGCUUCUCUAUAUGAAUAACACGUUUGCUAGUCUCAGUGGCAUAUGCUGCUAACAAUAACAGUGAAAUUUUAUGUAUUUCAAGAACUCAAAUUGGAAAUACUUGAAAUUUUCAUAUCAUUUUAAUGAUGAAACCGAUUAAAAAUUAAUUAAUCAAUUAAAAUUUAAAUAGAUUUAAAAUUGUUAACAGUUCAUGAUUUAAUAUUGUAAACAGAAUUGUUUGGGAAUGCGCUCGUCUCCCAAAGUACACAGAUAUCUUAUCUCAAUAUAUCGCGCGAUUGAUUUCUUCGAAUCAGAAGUUAACACGAUUUUUGUUCCGAGACGUGUACAGGUUUCUGUCUUAAUCCGACAGAAUAUAAUUUCGUCGCUUUCGCUUCCUUUCGUCUUCAUUUUUCGAAAGUCCGCCGUUCUGCUAAGAUGCUGUAAAACAUUGUAUCGCGAAAAUAUAGUUGUUCGCAGCCUUAUAAAAUCCGUUCAAAGUCGAAAUCUACUUCCUUUAUUCAACCUUUCAUCGUAUAUGAUCAAAUUUUUAUUCCGAUAUUGUUUAAUAAAAUGUUGCGGAAUUCGAAUUGUAUAUCACGGACACCAAGAAAUAAACGCUAAGUCAUUUUCAACAACAGGAGUUAUAUCUUAACGACCUUAAUUCUGAUAAGGCUGUACUAACCGCUUUUGGGGACGAUCGCUGCCAAGUAUAUUAAAAUCGAGAUAAAUUUACGAGCAAGUUCCCGAAACAAGAAUGCAAUUUGCAAGAUUGAAUUCCGUUUUUUUAAAUGGACUCGGACGUCAAAGACUACAAGAAUUACUGAGGAUUGUCUGUGUUUGUCUGCUUAUUCCGUUCAUCCUUAUCAUUUUGAAUUUCUUAUACAUCUAUCGCUAUCUAGUCAAAAUUGUUUUAAGAAUCCAGUUCAAAGACAAGUUUGCCGGUUUAUUGAAAGGCACGGAUUAUGUAUGGGCCAUUGAAGAUGCUGCUUCCUUGUCCGUUAUCAAUAUAUUAAUGAUACUAGAGAAAGAUGAUAGACGAAAUUCGAACGCGAUCUUUCUGGAAGAUUUCAAAAAUCUAGUAAAUGAUCGCAUCGUUUCAAAGGCUGCUGGUUCGACAUUUGAAAAAUUAUUUUAUCAUCGAAACCAAAAGUUUGGUUACUAUUUUUGGGAGCGAAAUGAAAAAAUCGAUCUGAAAAAUAGGAUUAGAUGGCUGGAAUGCGAGAACGCUGAUUGCGAUGGAUCUUGCGAAGAUAUAUCUAGCGAAUCCUUUAGGAAGAAUUUAGGAAGCAUAUGCAAUAAAUCGUUGCCUGAUAAUCACACAGCCGCCUGGGAGAUUCUCGUCGGGAAACGUUGUCCGAGAUCCAGAUCUCGCGUCGAAAAAGACCGUUUGUCUUCCGCAGAGUGCUUCGACACUGAUACUUGCAAGAUUCCUAUGAUAUUUCGCGUCCAUCAUUCCCUGGGUGAUGGGAUAGCUCUCUUAAAAUUAUUAUUCAAAGCGAUCACUGACGAAGACGAGACGAAAGUAAAAAUCGAAAAUACCGUAUCGAUUAAUGCAAAUGUAAGAAAUUUCAAAGAAUUUGUUUCGUCGUUGCAUAAUUCGAGGAGAAAUUUCCCGAAUGAGGCAAGACAUUUGGAUAAGGAAAUGGUGCGACCCUAUGAAAAAAAUAUUCUCGCCGCAUCUAUACCUUCUAUUUACAUGACAGUUUUACGAGUUUUGAAAGAUUUACGAUGCCGUUUUCAUGCGUUAUUGAAAUAUUUUAAGACCGUAACAAUGAAUUCUAUAAAACAGCAAGCGAAAAUAUCAAUCAAUCAUAUAUGGCUGAAUUUCAAAGAUAUCUUCCUGAAACAAAUAUACGAGAAAAUUAAAGAAAUCACGCGAUUGAUGAUAAUUAUCUUUUCUACUCCAAAAUGGUUGAUUAAACAGGCUGGUCGUAGUAUGGACGAAAACUCUUUACAUGGCCCGCCACAGACAGGUGAAAAAAUAAUAUCCUACUGGUUAGAGGAUGAUGAUGACAAAUCACAAAAGCUUUUAACGAAAGUCCGCAAAAUAAAAAAAAGUACAGGCGCCAAAUUUGGAGAUGUAAUAUUGGCAGCUUUCUCUGCCAGUAUACACAAAUAUUAUUUACGGAUCAAUAGAACAGCACCCGAUUCAUUAACAAUCAUUUUGCCGAUAAAAAUGGCAAUGCCUGAUGAAAAUAUGACGUUAGAUAAUAAUUUUUCAGUUGCUAUUCUACGGAUUUGUAUUUCUAACGCGAACGGACAAAAGAUCAGUGAGCCAAAUCAAGAUUCUCAAUUUUUUAAACGUCUUGAGGAUAUUACGAAAGCAGAUAAUGAACUCACAAAAAGUCCGGACUUGUUACUUAAUUUUUGGCUCAUAAAAUAUUUAUUCUCGGUAUUGCCGGUGAAAAUUUUGAAAGUUCUUCUUUUAACUCAUAGCACAAUGGGGUUCAGCAAUAUGUAUGGACCACAAAGAGUUCGUAUUCUCAAUAAUUCUUUGAGCAACAUUGCCUUCUGGAUACCAAACAAAAGUACGACCGCUCUCGGCCUUUCUCUGUUCAGUUACGGAGGCAAAUUACAUCUAUCUUUAAUAGCUGAUAAAUCAAUAAUAAACGAUAAUGAGAAAUCUUUUACUGAAAUUUUAGAAGAUACUGUGCACGAAAUAGAUCAUGCAUACAAUAGUAUCAUACUCUGAAACGCCUUUUGAAAUCGUCAGCUUUUCCAAUAGAAACACCCAUGGAAGCAGGUAUCGGUGUGUUUUGAAAAAAAAAUAUGAGCAAUUGUUAUUGUGAAGACAUUUCAUCUCUUUUACAUACAUUUAUAUUAUAUUAAAAAGAUCUUUAUGUUAAGUAUAUAAAUUAUUAAUGAUUAUAUCAUAAGAUUGUAACAUGUGGAUAUACUCCGUUAUUUCAUUUUAAGCACUUCCUAUAACGUUAAGCAGCUCUACAUUACUGGAAUACAAAUAUGACUAUAACUCGUAGAGAAUUAAAUUAUCUUUCAAAUGCGAUGAUUGUAGUGCGUUUCAUAGGUUUUGAAAUAACCACUUUCAAAUGUACAAAAAAGUGUUUUCUCGGCUAUCGACGGUAGAACUUUUUAAAAAUACUCUUCAUUUAUGCUGCUAACCGUAUUCUAUUGUUUUUUAAGUAGUUUUAUUUGUUGACAGCGUUAAUUAAUUUUUUCACGUUUAUAUGAUCGCCGGUGAUACUAUCAGCUGUCAGAUUUUCGCAAAAUGUCAUAAAAUGUU